CAGUCAGAUUGGAUAAAUGAUUAACCCAGUGAAAUAUAAAAGUCUGCACAACCAGCUGAUUCUCUACCUUCACCAGCCACCAUCAUGUCUUUCUCUGGAAAGUACCGACUUGAAUCUUCAGAGAACUAUGAAACUUUCAUGAAAGCUAUUGGGAUUUCUGACGAGAACAUCCAGCUGACUAAAGACUUAAAAAGCGUCACAGAGAUGGAAGAAAAUGGCAACGACUUCAAAGUGACGGUCACCACCGGCUCACACGUCAUCGUCAACACCUUCACCAUUGGACAGGACGCUGAGCUUCUGUCGGCCACUGGAGAGAAGAUCAAGACGGUGGUGCAGAAGGAGGGCACAAAGCUGAAGAUGCGUCUGAAAAGAGUGGACAUUCUCACAGAGCUGGUGGAUGCAAACACUCUUGUGACGACGAUGACUCUUGGCGACAUUAUUUACAAAACAACAUACAAACGGAUUUAGUUCAGCAGUAGUGGAAGCAGAUGCUGUCAUAAAAUGUUGACUUAAAUGACAUUAAUGACUAAAACCAAGAAUCCCUUUAGUCCUGGAAAUCUGUUUGGUUCUGGACAGAUCUGCCAAUCGGUUUGUCAUUUCGAAAGGUUAAAUGCAUGUUUGUGUUGUGUGCAGAAGUCAUUCCUGUAAGUUUGGAGCUUGGGUCAUUUGGAAAUGUCAAAAAAUAAAUCAGCUACAGACA